AUCCCCGAUUCCAGCUCCACCAGCUUUAAUUCUUUGAUUCCACCUCCACCAGCCCCUGAUUACACCUCGACCAGCUCCGAUCCUUCGAUUCCACCUCCACCAUCCCCGAUUCCACCUCCACCAGCCCCGAUUCCACCUCGAACAGCUCCGAUCCUUCGAUUCCACCUCCACCAUCCUCGAUUCCACCUCCACCAGCUUCAAUCCUUUGAUUCCACCUCCACCAGCCCCGAUUCCACCUCGACCAUCCCUGAUUCCACCUAG